UAUCUGACUUGUCUCUCGACCAAUCAGAAUGUGCCAUGGAAGAAGGCGGUAGGCACCGAUUCAGUGAAAACAGAGGGGGCGAAGCUUAACUGACAGGCGGUCCUAGCGAUCCAAGUAGCUGUGACUGGCAGCCAAACUGUAGUCAUGUGUGGAAUCUUUGCCUAUCUCAACUACCAUGUGCCAAGGACUCGCCGUGAGAUCCUUGAGAUCCUCCUCAAAGGUCUGCACCGACUGGAGUACAGAGGCUACGACUCAGCUGGUGUGGGAAUUGAUUCCGGCAAUGGCAAAGACUGGGAGACAAACGCCAAGUCCAUCCAACUGAUCAAGCAACGGGGUAAAGUGAAGAUGCUUGAUGAGGAGAUCAAUAAGCAGCAGGAUAUCGACCUGGAUGUGGAGUUUGAUGUUCAUCUCGGCAUUGCUCACACCCGUUGGGCCACCCACGGUGCACCAAGCCCAGUUAACAGCCAUCCUCAUCGAUCUGACAAGACCAAUGAGUUCAUUGUCAUUCACAAUGGAAUCAUCACCAAUUACAAAGACCUGAGGAAAUUCUUGGAGAGUAAAGGCUACGAGUUUGAGUCAGAGACUGACACAGAGACCAUUGCCAAGCUGGUUAAAUACAUGUUUGACAACCGAGAGGAUAAUGACAUCAGUUUCGCCACACUGGUGGAACGGGUGACCCAGCAGCUGGAGGGUGCUUUUGCCCUGGUCUUCAAAAGUGUCCACUACCCCGGCGAGGCAGUUGGCACAAGGAGGGGAAGUCCACUGCUGAUGGGAGUUAGGAGUGAUCACAAGCUGUCUUCAGAUCAUAUUCCUGUGCUCUACCGCUCCUCUGCUAAAGAAAAGAAGAGCUGCACUGCCCUAUCCAGGACUGACCAGGACACCUGCUUGUUCCCUGUGGACGAGAAAGCUGUAGAGUACUACUUUGCCUCGGAUGCAAGCGCAGUGAUCGAGCACACAAACCGAGUGAUCUUCCUGGAGGACGACGAUGUGGCUGCCGUGGUAGAAGGUCGUCUGUCCAUCCACAGGAUCAAGCGUACGGCCGGAGACUAUCCAGCCCGCGCCAUCCAGACCCUGCAGAUGGAGCUACAGCAGAUCAUGAAAGGCAACUACAGCUCCUUCAUGCAGAAGGAGAUCUUUGAGCAGCCAGAGUCUGUGGUCAAUACCAUGAGGGGGAGAAUCAACUUUGACAACAACACAGUGACACUGGGUGGACUGAAGGACCACAUCAAAGAGAUCCAGAGGUGUCGGCGACUCAUCCUUAUUGCCUGCGGGACCAGCUACCAUGCUGGCGUAGCGACCCGCCAGGUCCUGGAGGAGCUAACCGAGCUGCCUGUCAUGGUGGAGCUGGCCAGUGACUUCCUGGACAGGAACACCCCCGUCUUCCGAGACGACGUCUGCUUCUUCAUCAGCCAGUCAGGGGAGACAGCUGACACCCUCAUGGCCCUGCGCUACUGUAAGGAGAGAGGAGCUCUGACUGUGGGCGUCACCAACACAGUGGGCAGCUCCAUCUCUAGGGAGACCGACUGCGGUGUCCACAUCAAUGCCGGGCCUGAGAUCGGCGUAGCCAGCACCAAGGCGUACACCAGCCAGUUUGUGGCCCUGAUCAUGUUUGCACUCUUGAUGUGCGAUGACAGGAUUUCCAUGCAGCCCAGACGCCGAGAGAUAAUCCAGGGCCUGAGAGUGCUUCCAGAUCUGAUUAAAGAAGUCCUCGGUUUGGAUGAUGAGAUCCAAAAGUUGGCGACAGAGCUGUACGAGCAGAAGAGUGUUCUGAUCAUGGGCAGAGGAUACCACUAUGCUACCUGCCUGGAGGGAGCACUGAAAAUCAAGGAGAUCACAUACAUGCAUUCAGAGGGCAUCCUGGCUGGAGAGCUGAAACACGGUCCCCUGGCCCUGGUGGAUAAACUCAUGCCAGUCAUCAUGAUCAUCAUGAGAGACCACACCUACGUCAAAUGUCAGAACGCUCUGCAGCAAAUUGUUGCCCGCCAGGGCCGCCCCAUCGUGAUCUGUGACAAAGACGAUUAUGAGAGCGCCAAGAACUCCAGCCGCACCAUCAAAGUGCCUCACUGUAUGGACUGCCUGCAGGGUGUCCUGAGCGUCAUCCCGCUGCAGCUGCUGUCCUUCCACCUGGCUGUCCUCCGAGGUUACGACGUGGAUUGCCCAAGAAACCUGGCUAAGUCUGUGACCGUGGAGUGAGCCGCAACUUUCAUCGCUUAACAAAAGCUUGGCUGGCGGACGCACAUUCAAACUCGUACAGACGGCGAGGGAGCGCCUGUAUGCAGAAACCAAGAGGAAACAAUGUCUCGUGCUAUUUUUAUUGCAAUGUUUUACUCAACAGUUGUGUAUCUCACUGUUGUAUAGUAUCUGUAUCUCACUGUAUUUUCUCCCCCAGAAACCUUUGGCAUCAUUGUUAGAUUACUGUUAGAGAAGCGGUUUUGUCCGUGGUGGUGAAGUCUGGGCUGGGAACUGAUCGCUUCAUUACGCUCGGGAUUUGUGAAGCAGUAGCAACUGACAGUUACCGUUUGGGUUUUUUUGCAUUCACGCUCGACACUUGUGAGAAAGCCCUCCAUGUUUAUUUGUGCUGAUUAGCAUCACUGCUGGUAAAGCUGUUAACUGACAGAAGUUGGAUUAUAAAGACCUUUCUGGCUCUUUUUUUCUUUUCUUAUUUUAGUGCAAUAAUUUCUAGUUUGGAUAUUUUGUCUUUGGCAGCUAAUCGUUUGAAGUGUCUUUACUCCACAGUGGAAGUAAACGACCGCCUUAAAUCAUUCCAAGCCACGGGUCAUCGCUUCUUCGUAAUUGCAGCGCAGUUUGCCAGUUUUGACUCAGUUUCUCUCUUGGACUUCCUUCUGAGAACACACUUACUUACUGCAGGAGCAACAUCACACGUUAAUCACAGAAAAGCUUACGAAUACACUGUGUAAAAUCGUCUUGGGUAGGUUACAAGAGCUUUGUUUCUUUGUAUAACCCUAGUGUUUCGGAUCGUGAACUCUAGUCUUGGUGGGCUCUGUUAACCCGAAUAAGCCUCGAUUUCCGAGACCCCUGCACCAGAGGGGGAGAGUUUGUUACAUACGGUUUCUGCUUUUACUUUAAAGCUAUUUGUGCGCAAUUUAGUUUUUUUGCCGAGUUAAGGUUACUUAGUCAAGUAGAAGUGUCACCCAGUUUCCAUCUCACACCUUGCCACCACGACUACCAAAGAAUUGGGACCAUUUGUAGCUUUUUCUUUUUUUUGUGGAACUUUCAUGUUGACGUUACUGAUUUAAAAUGUGAAUGUUAGUCAUUUGAAGUGUCCUGUCAAACCAAAUAUCUCUGCACUGGCUUUGGCAGUUGUAGACCAAAACAUAUAUAUUUUAUAUGUUCAUCCUAUAUUGUAGCUAAACGUGUACUGACGCUGGUAGAGUGUGUGGAAUAUAGAUGCUUUGAACACUACAGGAGUAUAUACAGUUUUCCUGCAGAUUCUUUUAGAUAUAAAUUCAGAUGCCAGCCGUGUGUGCGUGAUCCCAAAUGUGUUUCAAACGCAAAAAGAAGAGUGAUGUUGUACACACACACAGUUGUAUAGUGAAGAAAUAGGAGCUGCUGGUUUACUUUCCUUCAAGUCAAUCACAUUAGGUUUAAAUCUAUUUAUCUUGCUUUUGUAAUAGAGCCUUAACUUGACUUUGAAAAGGAUAAAUGCUGCACCUAAUCCUAGCAGCAUCUGUUGGAAGCCGUUACUGAGGGAGUGGGUCACUAUUUAUUAGUGGAACCGAUGCAAUAAAGUGUCAUGUACUUCC